GGUUUGCGAUUACCGGGCGCAGCCCCGAGGGAGGAGGGUGUGCUGCAGUCCCGGCGGCGGCGGUGGGAGCCGGAGGUGCAGCCUCCCAGGUGGGAGGCGGGGGCUGCGGGCGCAGGAAAAGGCGCCUGGGGAGCGGGCGCUCAGCGGGGCCUCCUCCGGCCCCGGGCGCGGCACGGCGAGGGGGAGUGAGCGCGCCGGGAGCACGCAGGCGCCCUGCUCCGGCUGGCCCUUGGCCGACGCGCGGCGCGGGAGCACCCGCAGCCCGCCCCACGCCCCACGCCCCCCGCAGCCCCGGGCCCCCGCGGCCGGCCGUCGGGAGCGGCCCCUCCGCCGUGAGCGCGGGCCGCCGGCCCGGAGAGUCCGCGGCGACAGCGGCGGGACGGCUACGGGGCCGCCCCCAGCGCGCCCUCCCGCCCGCGGCCGCUCGCAGUCGGCGCUGGCCCGGCCCGCGCGCCCCGCAGGCAGCCGGAGCGCGGCCUCGGCCUCCCCGGGAGCGUGCCCAGGGCCGCAGCCCGCGGGAGGAGGCGCCGGCAGCCGCGGGCGCUGACGGCGUCGCGGGGUGCUCCCGGGCGGCGGCGCGGCGGCGGCGGCGCAAGGGGCGGAGGCAGGGGGCGCCCCCAGCCAGGAUGCUGCGGUUCCUACGCCGGACCUUUGGCCGCCGCUCCAUGCAGCUCUACGCGCGGGGCGCGGCAGGGCGCGGGGCCGCCGGGCUGGGGGACGAGCGCGACGGGGGGCCGCGGGGGGGCCCGGCCGCCGCCGCCGCCUCCUCGCCGCUGCCCGCCGCGCCCGGGGGCAGCGUGUUCCCGGCCGGCGGAGGACCCCUGCUCACGGGCGGCGCGGCCGUGCACAUCUCCGCCGCCGGCGCCGCCAAGGCCACCCUCUACUGCCGCGUCUUCUUGCUGGACGGGACCGAAGUGAGCGUGGAUCUGCCGAAACAUGCCAAAGGCCAGGACCUGUUUGAUCAGAUCGUGUACCACCUGGACCUCGUGGAAACAGACUACUUUGGCCUCCAGUUCCUCGACUCUGCCCAGGUCGCGCACUGGCUGGAUCAUUCCAAACCCAUUAAAAAGCAGAUGAAAACUGGACCUGCUUAUGCUUUGCACUUUCGAGUUAAAUAUUAUUCUUCAGAACCAAACAACCUUCGUGAAGAGUUUACAAGGUACCUGUUUGUUUUACAACUCAGGCAUGACAUUCUUUCAGGAAAAUUGAAAUGCCCAUAUGAGACGGCUGUGGAAUUAGCUGCUCUCUGUCUACAAGCGGAGCUUGGGGAAUGUGAGCUUCCAGAACACACCCCAGAGCUUGUGUCUGAGUUUCGGUUCAUUCCAAAUCAGACAGAAGCGAUGGAAUUCGAUAUCUUCCAGAGAUGGAAAGAGUGCAGGGGAAAGAGCCCUGCCCAGGCGGAGCUGUCCUAUCUGAAUAAAGCGAAGUGGCUGGAAAUGUAUGGGGUAGACAUGCACGUUGUCAGGGGAAGAGAUGGCUGUGAAUAUUCUCUUGGACUGACCCCGACAGGCAUAUUAAUCUUUGAAGGAGCUAACAAAAUAGGCUUAUUCUUUUGGCCUAAAAUUACCAAAAUGGACUUUAAAAAGAGCAAAUUGACACUAGUGGUGGUGGAGGACGAUGAUCAGGGCCGGGAGCAGGAGCACACGUUUGUGUUCCGCCUGGACAGCGCCAAGACCUGCAAGCACCUCUGGAAAUGCGCAGUCGAGCAUCAUGCGUUCUUCCGACUGCGCACGCCAGGAAACAGCAAGUCGAACAGAUCAGACUUCAUCAGGCUGGGGUCCCGCUUCAGAUUCAGUGGGCGGACGGAAUAUCAGGCGACUCACGGGGCCCGGUUACGAAGAACCAGCACCUUUGAGAGGAAGCCUAGUAAACGCUACCCAUCCCGGAGACAUUCGACAUUCAAAGCAAGCAACCCGGUGAUAGCUGCUCAGCUCUGCUCUAAAACAAAUCCUGAAGUCCAUAAUUACCAGCCUCAGUAUCAUCCCAAUAUUCACCCCAGCCAGCCACGGUGGCACCCUCACUCUCCAAACGUCAGCUACCCGCUCCCUUCCCCAGGGCUCAGCAGCUCAGACCGGCUACCCUUCGGCAUCGAGGAGAACGGGGGCACGCCAUUCACUACCAAAGCUUCGGGGAGGCACCACCACCACCACCACCACCAGCACCAGCACCAGCACCAGCACCACGCAAACUAUGGCCUCUCGCUGACCCUGGAGAACAAGGAGGGGCCUUUGAGAUCCCCAAACUCCAGCAGUAAAUCCCUUACAAAACUGACUCCAGGAGCACCUGCCCUGUUCAGUGAGGCGGCCACGCAUCUAAAGAAGCUGGAACUGGACACUGUGAAGACUCCUGGACCCUGGCCUGCUCUGCACAUCAACAUCAAUAAGGUUGAAGAAAAAAAAGUUUCUGAGAAGACUCUUCAGACCCCACUCUUGCCUUCCCCUGUGGCUGAUCACGUGAAGUGUAACAUUUUGAAAGCCCAGUUGGAGAAUGCUUCCCGAGUGAGUGCCCAGGCUGGAAAGGAGGAAUCAACGUUUGUAAAUAUCAAUAAGAAAUCCAGUCUUCAGGACGCUAAUGUAAGAAGUCCUAUUCCUAUACGUGUGGAAACGGCCCAGCCAGCAGUGGAAAAGCCGGAAAUCAAGCCUCCCCGAGUGAGGAAGUUAACAAGGCAAUACAGUUUCAACCGCAGUGAUGAAGACGACCUCCCUCCAGAGCUGGCCGAGGCAGUCGGCGUGACCACCACCACCACCACCACCACCACCACGGCCGCCGCCACCACGCAGGUCUCGGCACCACUGGUGUCCCCCAAGGUCCACAAAGUCAGCUCGCCUCAGAAUUCAGAAGGCAAGAGCCCGCUGUCCCCAGGGGCCAAGAGCCCCUCUGACCGAGGAGGUGCCUUUACCUUGGAGCCCGGCGACCUCCUGAUGGAUUUCACAGAAGCCACUCCUCUGGCAGAGCCCGCCAGCGCCCCCCACUGUGCCCACUCUCGCUGCUCUCCUCCACUCUCUCUCCCCAUGAAGGAAGAGACCACUGGAGUUUGCAUGCACCCUCCAAUCAAAACGAGGCUGAUAAAAACAUUCCCGGUUGAUCCAGUGACCUCGUUUCCCGAGCCUUUCAUUGCAGGGCCGCAGUUUACCGCAGACUUUAGAGACAGUAAAUUACAGUGCUGCCCUGGCCAGUCUUCCCCGCUGAUCCCAGCCGUGACCCUGAGGCCUUUGACAGAGACCAUCUCCACAGUGCAGACCAUCUACACCACUCGGAAGCCUGUUUCUCUGGCAGCCAGUGCAGAGACGCUCCGGCAGGAACUGGAGAGAGAGAAAAUGAUGAAAAGACUGUUGAUGACCGAACUGUGACUUCUCCCCUCGCUGCCUGGAGGACGGCAUGGUGCCUUCUGUCAUUUUCCUUCUUCGGGCUUUGUGUGCUCACUCUAGCACAACAUGCAAAUGUGUGCUCUGCCUGCCCAGGUCCCCAUGGUUAGUUGAAGCCAACAUCUGGCUUGACUUUUAUUGGAAAAGUUAUUUAAUGUCUCCUGAGUAUUAGAGUUUUUCUUCUACUCAAUGUAGUGGAGACAGGAUUUGUAAGUCUUGGCGAAAAAAAAAAUGGAAAAAUGGGGAUUCCUUUUCAGAAGUACCUGUGUGUAUUCAUUGAUAACCACAGGGGUUACUAAGGCGCAGAAUCCUUUGCUAUCAAUCUCAAUCAUGUGAUUUUGUAAGAUUGAAACUUACACCAAGCUUUGACUGUUUGCUAAAGAGUCAUUUUUAAUGAGAGAAUAAUUCUUUAUUGCUGGUUUUUCAUUUACACUGGUAAAUACACAGAUCUUUUAAAGUCUUUAACAUUCAUUUUUAUUCAGACACGAGUAGGUGAACUAAAACGGAAAGUUGCAAUCACCAGGACUCGAGGUACUUCAGCUUAAUCUGAAACAUAAUUUCACUUGUGACUUUGUUAAAUACGAUAUUAUUUGGGAUACACAGAAUUUAUGAUCGGACCCAAAGUAGGAAAUUAUAGCUUAAAUUCUAAAAAUCCUUACAAGAUUAAGGUGAUUCAUUAUCAGGAUUCACUGGGGGUGUUCCAUAAAAGAGAAUUAUUUCUAAAGUUGAUCAAUUCCUAUCCUAUUGCUAGAACCUUGACCAGAAGAAACUCUGCUCUCUUUUUGUAAGUUUCCAGAAAUGUGUUUUUAAAUUUUUAUUAUGCACUUGAACAACUUUGCAGGAAUAAAGGAACCCCCUAGCCACAAACUAGCCCUCCAAAUUGUUUCCCAAGCUUUCUCAAUGAAUAUGCACACCUUUUUUACAGUGGUAGGAUCGGUGUGUACACACUCUUUGGUUGUACUUCUCCGCCUAACACAUAACUUCUCUUUUCAAUACAGAUCCUGCUCUCACCCAUUUAAAUGUCUUUAUAUCCUUAUAACAUGGUUAACCUCACUGCUCCCCAUUAUUAGAUAUUUGAGUUAUAUCCAAGUUUUCACUCUUAUAAAUAGUGCUGCUAUGAAUGUCUUUGUAAAAAAAUUACCCUUCCUUUGGAUUCUCCCCCCGGGAAUAUCUCCAAAGAGGGAUUGUGAGGUCAAAGAGCAUGAAGUAUUGUAUAACUCUUACUUUAUUGCCAGAUUGCUUUCUAGAAAGAUCCAAUCUUUGGGUUGGAAGGACCGUAAAGGUCAACCCCCUCAAUCCCCUCUGAAUGCUUGAACUCCUACAAUUUAUGAUGCCACCAGCAAUGUAUAAGCAUUUCUAUUUACCAGUAGCUCUGCCAGUAUUGGGUUUUGCCAUUUUAAUUUAUUUUUGCUUGUUUAAUAGGUGUGUACAGUUGUCCUUGAAAGGUUGUUUUAUUUCAUUAAUUGCUAGCAAGGCCGAGCACUUUUCCAUGUGAUGAUUUACUAGCUAUAUUUCCCUGUGUGUAAAAUGUCCAUCCAUUUCUUAAGACCGCUUGUUAAGUGGAACUGAUCUCAUAUAUUUGUAUCAGAACUGUAUUUUUAUGUUGUGUUGUAUAGUUUGCUCUCCUGUCCCUGUACUUAAAACUGAAUGGUGCCAAUAAUUUGAUACUAAUGAUUAUUUAAAAAGAGCAAUGCCUCAUUUACUAACAUUGUUGUAAAAGGAGGCAUGUAAGCAAAUAUUCAGAUCACAGAGGAUUAACCCCUGAAGUGCUGAAUCUUUAAAAUAUUAAUAUUUUUUGAGGGAAAUCUUUCUAAGCUGUAUUACAACUUCCCUGCCUUAGUAAACAGAGUAUACCGGAGAGUA